GAUGAUGAUAUGAUGGUACCAGUAGUAGUGGUGUUUCACUGUGGCGAACGAUUCUAGGCCUACAUAUGAUGACGAUUCAUGACUUGAUUGCAUGCGUUUCCAACUUCUGAUGCCUAUUUGAGGGAAUUUUUUCGAGCACGGGGGCGUCUGGAUCUCCGCGUUUGACGAAACCGUGAAAACGCCAUCUACUCUUCGAAUAAGGCCUAGGUUUCAAUUCAAACAUGGCGCCAUACAGUGGAAUCUUUAUUCUGUUAUCAGUUUUUGUCACAUUUCAUUGCUGCGAUGCCAUGAUAGAUGGGCUUUACUGUGGAAAAGAAAACUGUUACGACGUUCUUGGUGUCUCCAAGGAUGCAGAAAAGUCUGAAAUAGCCAAGAAUUACAGACAGCUCGCUAGAAAGUACCAUCCAGACAAGAAUAAGGAUGCUGGUGCAGAAGAACAAUUCCAAGCAAUAGCCACUGCCUAUGAAAUCUUGCGAGAUGAGGAGCAGCGAAAAGACUAUGAUUACAUGCUGGACAAUCCAGAUGAGGUUUAUAGGCAUUACUACAGAUAUUACAGACGCAGGGUAGCACCGAAGGUUGAUGUGCGGAUCGUCAUCGCUGUUUCCAUCAGUGUCGUCUCCGCAAUACAGUAUUUUAGUUGGUGGUCUAGGUAUAAUACUGCUAUAAAGUAUCUGGUUACUGUUCCAAAAUACAGACUUAGGGCACAGGAUAUUGCCAAAAAGCAAGGUUUACUGAAUGACUCGGUCAGAAAACGAGGGAGGAAGAGCAAGGAAGCAAUGCGAGAAGAAGAGGAACAAAUUCUAAGACAAGUAGUAGAAGAUAAUGCUGAUAUAAGGGGAGGAUACAGUAAACCAAAAAUUACAGAUGUUUUAUGGAUCCAGUUGAUACUGCUUCCUGUCACAAUAGCAAAAUAUUUCUACUGGUACGCUCGGUGGACGUGGAAAUUUACGAUACUAAGGGAGCCGUUCGGCCUGGAAGAGAAGCACUACGUCAUUAGAAAAUACAUGCGGGUUACGCAGUUACAAUAUGAAGGUAUAGAGGAAGCAGAAAAGGUGAUGUUUUUGAAACGAGAAUUAUGGAUACCUGAAAAUUUCAAGGUUUACAAGCAAGAAAAAGAGGAGCAGAUGAAAGCCGAUCUUGCUGAGAAUAGUCGAUAUAAAAGCUACCGCAGGUACAUGAAAAACCAUGGCUCGGGCAGAAUGACCUUUCAGGAAUAAAAUGUUAAGUUGGAGUAACCUCGAAAAUAUGGUUUAUUUUCAAUUGAUUUCAUGCUAAUUCGUCCAAUUACCAACUCGUCUACUUUCAUUUGGACUAUCAUCGGUUCGUCCACUGUCCACAUGGUCUAAUUGCCAUUUCCUCUAAUAACCAGUCAGUGGUCCAAUAGCCAUUUAGUCCAUAUACCAUUUGGUCUAAUUGGACUAAGUGGUUACCUCUUUGCCUGCCACAGACAGAAUCACUCCUGUGCCACAUAUUUCAAGGUGCAACCUGAAGAGGGGUUUUGCAUGGACUAUGCUAAUUCAGCUCACAAUAGCUUUUGAUUGGUUUAUUGAAUGAAAUUGGAUUCGGAAAAAGUACUUAUGGAUGCUUUGAAAACAGAAUCACUAUGAAUUCAAGCUCAACUCAAAUUAGGAAUUUUUGGGGUCAAUUGUGGCACGUUGUUAGAAUAAUCCUUCACUCUCUAUGUAUGAAUACCAUUGAUUCAUCUAUUGACAUAAAUUUGUUUUUGAUAUGCCUCUUCAAAGUGCCUUUUCUCUCGGUGAUGGGGACCGUUUCAUCAACAUUUUUUCUCUGACAGACAAGUUGUCAGAUCUGACAACUUUCCUUGAUUCUGAUUGGCUGAUAAGCACUGUUACUAUGGUAACUGCUGGACAAGUCCUUUCAUGCAAGGCUCCCCAGUAAUAUGUUAGUUUAUAUUUUGAUAUUAUGUUGUGAAGAUGAAUUGCAGAUGUGUCUGCUAUUAAAGGUCGAGUCCACCCCAUACAAAUCUUGAUUUGAAUAAUUAUAGAAAAUCAACUAGCAUAAUGCUUAAAAUUUCAUCAAAAUCGGAUGUAAUAUAUUAAGAAAGUUAUGACAUUUUAAAGUUUCGCUUAUUUUACACAAAAGUGUGAUAUGCACAAUUCAGUGACAAGCACAUGAGACAGUCAAUGAUGUCCUUCACUCACGAUUUCUUUUGUUUGUUAUUGUUUGAAUUGUACAAUAUUUAAUUUUUACUGAUAUGAUAAUAAGGACCAACUUGACUGAAUCAUAUAGUAUUUAACAAUGCCAAUUACACAUAUUCAGGGAGGAAUUAAUCAUUGUUUCACUUGACAAUGAGGAGAAAAUUAGAAUAUUUCAUAUUACAAAUAAAAAGAAAUGGUGAGUGGAUGACAUAACCAGUCUUCUCAUUUGCAUACCGACCAGGAUGUGCAUGAAAUUAAGCAAAAUUUUGAAUGUCAUAACUUUCCUAUUUUACAUCUGAUUUUGAUGAAAUUUUCAGUGUUAUGCUUGUUGGAUUUUUCUCAUUUUAAUCAAAUCACCUUUUUGUUGGGGUGGACCUGUCCUAUAAGUAAAUCAUAUUAGGAUCACAGAAAUCUGUUUAAAAUUUGAUGAAACUCAACUUAUUGAUGUAUAACGCAUGACUGCUUAUUAAAGGUUGAAAUGUGCACACUCGCUGUAAUGAUGUUAAAUAUCUAAUAUUUGAAAAUGUGUGCAGUGGUGGAUUUGUGGGUCUACAAAUGGUCAUGAUGCCUUUUCAGUCGAUUUAUAUUUCUUUCAUAGUUUGAUUACACUUGAAAAUGUACAAUUUCUUAUCGUUCCUCUGAUAUUCAUACAUACCUGAAGCACUUGAAAUAAGGGUUAUCUAUUUAUUUCCUCAUCAUUAAUUGUUUUGAAAACAAGCAUUUAUAAUAAUACAAAUUAUAUCAUUUCAGUGCAUAUUGAGCUUGAAUUAUACCCCUCUUCGAUUAUUUUUUACGUUUCACGGCACCUUUACGAAAGAUUGUACAAAAACAGAUAAUAAUGACACUAUAAGGGGAGGACUCGAUACUUUGGCAAUUUUGUGAAAUGCUGAAUUUUGUAUAUGGGGAAGGUCACCCAAUUGCGUUGGGAAGGUAAACGUGGCAUAUCUGCAGAGGAGUUGUGUAUCAACGGAAACCAAAAUACAAGGAUAGAAUCAAUCUUAUCAGAAAGUAUAAAAUGAGAGGAGCAAUCUAAAACUUGGUUUUAUCGAAAUUGGUUAUAGAAUAAGCGGGUUAUGGAAGUUUGAAAAGUCUUGUACUUUCUAUGGGGAUCCUCAAAUUGGCAAAUGUCCUUCAAAAUGGCUGCUUUUGUUGACAAAUCUCCAUUUGUUUAGUACACAAAUUCUGAUAUUUUCUCCUCUACUUCACAUUAUCUCCUUCUGACCUUGACAUGUGGUGUGAAUUAUUUUUUCCCCAUGACAUAUGCAUGUAUUAUGCUCAGAAGGAGACAAGAUGCAAUUCGAAAGAUACUGAAGGAAAUCUGAAAAUUUGUGUACAGAAGGAAUGGAGGGUUCUCCACAGAAUCUGCCAUUCUGAAGCAUGUUGGCCAAUUUGAGGAUCCCCAUAGAAAGAACAACAAGACUUUUUAAAUGUCCAUAACUUGCUUACUCAACAACCAAUUUUGAUGAAACAAGAUUGCUACUCUCAUUCUAUUCUUUCUGACAAGAUGGAUUCUCUUAGGUAAGUUUCCUUUAGACGUGGAGGGGGGGGGGUUAUAGGGGGUUAUGACAUCAGCCCAUCUAAUGAAUAUUCAUGAAGACAUGCCCUGAUUUCUUUCACGGGAAUAAUGCAAAUCUUUAAAAUUCAAUAACCUCGCUAUUUGAUUUUGAUCAAAUUUUCAGCAUUUUGCUCUGAAUUUUACUCUAUUUAUUAAGAUAUAAAUAUUUUCUGCCUGGACCAUCCCUUUAAGUGUCCAGUCUUCCCCUUGUAGUAUACCUGGGGCCUGCUUCACGAAACUUGUUAUAAUAACAAAUUGGCAAAACCAGUUUAAAGCUACUGAAAUCAUUCUAUUUGAUUCGCUGAUAGUAGACUUGUUAUUGAUAUUGUGCAUUUGUUAUUAUAACAAGUCCUUAUGACACAGGACCCUAAUGAUAUCCACAUCUUUACCUUGCAAACACCAUCUAUGGAAAAUAAAAUUCUUUAUGAACUGAA